AUGGAUCCGGAAAGUGCAACAACAAGUGAUGAUGAUUAUAUGUCCGAUACAUACACAGCUGUGGAUACACGACCUGGAAUUGCCAUAACUCAAACGCAACGGCGAAACUUGAAGGUGGAGGCGAAACGGGUGGAAAAUAUUGAACGUUUACGGAAUCUAUCAAAACGUUCGGAAAUAGAGAAAAAGAUUCGGGAUGAUGCGAUGGCGAAACCUAUUAGCGAAGAUUCGAAAGGAUUCCUGUUGCUAUCCAAAAUGGGUUAUAAAAGAGGAAUGAGUUUAGGUGUGAAAAAAGAAGGUUGCAAUGAAGGGAUCAAGAUACCCAUCACAGUGGAAAUGAAAACUAAUCGCACAGGAUUAGGGCAUGAUACGGAAGAGGCUGAAAAACGAAGACAGCGCAUGGAUCUCUAUCAAAGAGCUGUACUAGAAAGGGCGAAAGCUAAUGAAGUACUUAUGGAUGAUUUUUCCAUAAGAAAACGGCGGGCUGUACGUAUGAAACAGAUAUCGAAGGAUUUGAAAAAAAGUCGAAAAGUAUGCCAGGAAUUAGAUGCUAGAAAUGGAUUAGAACUUCCUACAUCCUCUCAUUUUUGGCCAGUGUACAAAGUAAUGAAGGAGGAUGAUAUUUCAUUGAAAACGAGAAAAAAUGAAGAAUCCGAGUGCAUUACGGAAUGUUUCACAUAUUUUAACGGAAAUAUGGCACCUAAUGAUUUAAAUAUUGAUGAAUUACCGGAGAAUGAAAUCACGGAAUGGUUAAUGGAAUUAACGAUAUACCUCCGUGCUGCCCACUGUUAUUGUGUUUGGUGCGGAGCUCAGUAUGAUUCAAACGAAGAAUUGGAAAAUAAUUGUCCAGGAAGAACAAGAGAAGAACAUGAAGACUGUGAUGAAGACAAUUAA